AUGGUCCUUACGAAGCAAAGGACGGCAGUACAUAAUUCAAUGCUUGGUCGACGAAUUCCUCAUCCUUCAUCCACCAAUUUCACUGACGAUUCGCCUCCAUCAAAGCGCUUGAAAACUCAUGAAAGCACCGACGAUGACUUCCGUGAUGUUUCUCCUCUCCGAACACCACGCGCUGAAACCCCAGACUCAGAUGAUGAAUGUUCAUCUGGGGAGGUUGGAGCUUCUAACGUCCACGUUACGGAGCUAGAAAGUGCACUGGGGCCGGUAAAAACCGACAAAGAAGCGAUCCAGGAGUAUGAGGCUAUGCGAGCAGCCGAAGGCUCGUUGGAUGAGAGCGAGGAUGUUCCCGGUGCUGGUGAUCUAAAUGACAGGUUAAGUAAAAGGAGCUGGACCAGAGGGAAGAGUUCAAUUUAUGUGGAUGCUUUCAAUUUAGCUCUGGAGACGGUGCUCGAGGAUGAAGGGCACUUAUUUGAUGAGAGGGAGAUGAAAGUAUUCCAGAUAUGGAGGGAGUUGGAUUAUGAGGCUCAAUAUCUUUACGUCCGUCUAUUUCUACGCAAAACAUCUGUCUGGCAUCGUAUAAACAAGCUGGGCUACUAUGGCGAUAUAGCAGAUCUCCCUGCUGCUGUUGAUAUACUUCAAACUACCCAUAGCUUGCCUGAGACAACAGCAGAAAUUCAGGUCAACCCCGCUGAACAUGCUCCCCCCGAUGGCACUGUGCUUGACUCCACCUUCACAUUCGCUGAUUCCUCUGACGGAAUGAUCACUUCACUUGAAGAAGCUUCUUCACUUCUGAAUUUGGAAGAACUAAAAGUGAUUGGAAAAGAAUCCAAACUUCGGGGAAAGAAUAAAACGGAGCUUCUCAACUCUCUCCGUUCUAUGAGUCGCCGACAGAGUGGCUUGGGAUGGGUUGGUUUAAAGAGAUCUGAUAGUGAACAGACGAGCGUCUCUGACUCUGGCGAGAACGAUGAUACUGGCGCUGAGGAUGACGGGAUGUCCGACAGCAACCGUGACAAACAUUUCUUGAGGAAGAUAAUGAAUACGACAGGCGCCUGUAUCAGACUCUCUUUACCAACCCUGAAGCUAUUUGAGCGAGUUCACUUGGUAUUUUAUAGGUCAACAGAAUGGACAGAGAAGUCCCUCACGACGAUUAUUCUAGCACGAAUAUCUCGUCGAAACUUCCCUGACUAUAUUGUAUCUCGGUCAGCCAAUAUCUUCACUUCUCGAGCAGAGUUACUGGAGUUCGAGGCGGGACUUCGAACACAGUUUCGAGUAGAAGAUAUACUAGAGAUGAAUGGCAACCCUGGAAAAGCUGGUCUAGAGGAGGUGAAAGCCAUUUUUGAUGAAGUAUACCCUCGCUGGAAAGUUCUUCUAGAGGAAGAACAACGCAAAGAGGAACGAGUGUAUGAGAGUGGUGAAGGUGCAUACUUACGACGAUUUUCGCCCGCGUGGGUAUACACACGGAUUGUCCAUAAAGGUACUUACGUUUUAGGGAGGUUUAAACUCCACGCUGAGGAGCACGAAGUGUUGAGUAAAUUACUGGGUCAGCAUCUAUUUCACGCUGCUCGUCGAGGAGCGUGGUAUCAGCGCAAAGCGUUGUUAGAAGAGCAUUAUAUGUAUGCUAUUGCUCCACCUGAGAAUCUCUCCGACCCAGAGAAGCACAAACGGCAUUGGAAACGAAUUGCUCUACAAACAUGUGAGCAAGGUUUGCAAGAUAAAGACUGCCAUAUAAUAUACCAUUACGACCUCCAAAAGCGAAUCAAAAAGAUCGAGAAGAAUAUCAAGAUGCCCAUGAGAGAACAGCACGAUUUCGACCAUGUCUUACUCGCCAAACCUAUUGAAGUAACAGUCGAAGGUAUCCAAAUCAAGAAGAACUACCCACCAUCACUCAAACGAAGGACAAGCAACACACAUCCACCUGAAGAGAAACUUCGAAGCACAAAGACUAUCUGGGUGGAUGAAGCUGAAACCGGCGGAGAAUGCAGCGUAGAAGCCAUGUGUCUCUCCCACUACCGCUCGCAAGGCUUCAAAGGCUAUCAUGCUGAAGGAGGUAUCAUACGGACACUAUUCGCAUACCUCUUCUUCGAUAUUCUCUUCAUCUACAUUCCCAACGUCUUUCAGACCGCAUACCAAACCUGUCCAUUAGACCUUCAUACCGACGCGUUCUUCCCGUCUCGCAUAUCGGAGAUCAAUCAUCGUCUCGUCGAGAUUGCGAAUGGAAAUGCGGCGGACAUCAUCCGCUCUGUUGACUCGAGAGAACGGGAAAGAGCGACUUGUGUUAUUGGUUUGAGGUGGGAUUUUGAACUUGAUGAUCUCUUAGAGAUUGUGGCAUGUUUUCCCGAUGAGGCACUCGCGGCUGUGUGUAAAGUUAUGGCGCAGGAGUAUCGGGUUAGGGGAGGUGGUAUUCCGGAUCUGUUUAUUUGGAAACCAGCGACGGGAGAGGAAAAGGGCGAGGUGAGGUUCGUGGAGGUUAAGAGUGAGAAUGAUAGGUUGAGUGAUACGCAGAGGUUGUGGAUUCAUGUGCUUACUGGGGCGGGAGUUAGAGUGGAAUUGUGUAAUGCUGUGGCGAAGGAAGUCAAGGUUAUUGAUGUUGAGAGGUGA